UAGCAAAACUUGCAAGGUCCUGGUCUUCUGCAGCGCGUGUUUCUGCAAACAAAACAUGCCUGACGGCUCCUACAAUGGAUUCGACACGCUAAAGCGUGAAGCCAGGUUCCGAAAUCCACCAAAGAAGGGCCACUCCGUACCAAUCCUUAAUGAACUCGUCGCACCACAUUUAGAAUCCUUCAAUGCACUCUUUGACGACUCUGGUUUACCAACAGGCGAUGGAGAUGGCAGUGGGUUGUUAUCUCUUGCUGUAAAGGAUAUUGGAGAAAAGGUCGUGUUUGAUUAUUCUGGACGAGAAGAUGAGCAGGGAAAUCGGAGGUUAGGAAAUCGAAUGAGCAUGUGGAUCGAGCAGGUGUCGAUAGGAAGGCCUAUGGUUCCUGAGAGAGAUAAACUUGCGUUAGAACGGAAAGUCUACCCUGCAGAAGCUCGCGAACGGUUAACAUCUUAUCGAGGACGAAUGACUAUUAAGCUUUGCUGGAAAGUACAUGGAAAGGAAGAAAGAUCAAUCGUCAAAGAUUGUGGACUUGUACCAAUUAUGGUCAGGUCAGUGCGGUGUAACAUUCGCAAUCUAUCCUCUUCAGAACUUGUCGCGAAGCACGAAGAACCAGAGGAAUUUGGCGGUUAUUUCAUUAUUAACGGGAACGAGCGACUCAUUCGUUACCUCAUUGUUUCACGAAGACACCACGUUAUUGCUCUCUCCCGACCAUCGUUCCAGAAACGCGGACCCUCAUACACUCCAUACGCAGUGCAAAUUCGAUGUGUACGACCCGACCAGACUGCUGUAACGAAUUCACUGCACUAUCUCUCCAAUGGCAAUGCUAUGUUCCGAUUUAGUUGGCGAAAACAGGAAUACGUUAUUCCUGUAAUGCUUAUCUUAAAGGCACUUGUGGGAGCAUCGGAUAAGGAGAUAUUCGAAGGCAUCAUCAUGCAGGACUACGAGAAUACGUUCCUUACCGACCGAGUCGAGCUACUACUACGAAGUUUUAAGAAUUACAAACUUUACACUGGUGAACAGUGCUUAGAAUUUUUAGGCGACAAGUUCCGUGUCGUCCUUGGGCAACCUGAAGAUUGGAAUAAUACUGCGCUUGGUGUUUGGCUUGUACGAAAAUUCAUCUUGGUCCACCUUGAAGAUCCACGAGACAAGUUUAGAAUGCUUCUAUUCAUGUUACGGAAACUAUAUUCCUCGGUCAACUCUUCCAGUUGUUCGGAUAAUCCUGACUCUCCACAGCACCAGGAAGUGCUCCUACCUGGUUUCUUGUACGGCAUGAUCAUAAAGGAGCGAAUGGAAGAGUGCCUAAACGCACUUCGUGCUCAAAUUGCACACGACGUACGACGCGGUGACAAAGCUGUCGACUUCUUCGACGAAAAGUAUUUCAUGAAAGCCGUAUCGCGUGUAAACUUCGACAUUGGUGCAAGGCUGGCUAAUUUCCUUGCAACGGGUAACCUCGUCUCACCGACUGGGCUUGACUUACAGCAGGCCGCUGGGUUCACAAUUGUUGCAGAGAAGUUGAACUGGUAUAGGUACAUCAGCCAUUUCAGGUGCAUACAUCGUGGUGCUUUCUUCGCGGAGCUCAAGACUACGACAGUGCGUAAACUGCUGCCAGAAGCUUGGGGUUUCUUAUGUCCAGUGCAUACACCCGAUGGUUCUCCCUGUGGUCUGCUCAAUCACCUUUCCCGAUCAUGCCGAAUUGUAACUGCACCCCUUGCCGUCGCACAUCUUACCAACCUACUUCUCUCAAAUGGCAUGACCUCAGUGCAUGCCCCUUCGAUAAAUGGCAAAAGACACCGUAACGUUGCGGUACAACUUGACGGGCGCAUGAUAGGGUGGGCAAGUCCAGCUCUUGUGAAACAACUCGCGACGAGCCUGCGCGUCUGGAAGACAGAAGGGAGAUACAACGUCCCACUCGACCUCGAAAUCGGUCUUGUUCCUAUCUCGCAAGGUGGCCAGUAUCCCGGCUUGUACCUCUUUUCAUCACGGUCGCGCAUGAUGCGUCCCGUGAAAUACGUCCUGAACGGAAAAGAUGACCAAAUUGGCUCUUUCGAGCAGGUAUACAUGGACAUUGCCGUGAAGCCUGAGGAAAUCGAAUCUGGCGUAUCGACUCAUGUCGAACAUUCACCGACAAACUUCCUCUCUAUCCUUGCAAACCUCACUCCCUUCUCGGAUUUCAACCAGAGUCCACGUAACAUUUAUCAAUGUCAGAUGGGAAAGCAAACAAUGGGGACUCCUUCAACAGCAAUAAAGCAUCGAACAGAUAACAAGUUAUACCGACUCCAGACCGGUCAAACGCCCAUUGUCCGCCCAGCAUUGCACAACACAUACAGCAUGGACUCUUUCCCAAAUGGAACUAACGCAGUAGUAGCAGUCAUCUCGUAUACGGGGUACGACAUGGAAGACGCCAUGAUUCUCAAUAAAUCUGCUCACGAACGUGGCUUUGCGUAUGGUACCGUAUACAAAUCGCAAACCAUCGACCUGAAAGACAUGCACGGUGCAUCGAAGAGUACGACAGCACCAACUUUACAUUUUGGAUUUGGACGUGAUAUUAGGACGAGAGGGAACAAUCCUCAUCCAUGCCUCGAAAUUCUGGACUUCGAUGGUCUUCCCCAUGUCGGGAAGAAAGUGAAAUUCAACGAUUUUAUAGCAGCUUAUGUCGAUGACACUACCGGUCGAACACGUUUUGUCAAGUAUAAAAACGACGAAGCCGGUAUCAUCGACGAGGUGCGAUUACUUGGCUCCGAUGCAGGCGACACAGAACUCCAAAAAAUCAACAUCACUUUUCGAAUAACACGUUCACCAGUUAUCGGCGACAAGUUCUCCUCACGGCACGGUCAAAAGGGUGUCUGCUCGCAAAAAUGGCCCAUGAUCGAUAUGCCGUUCAGUGAAAGUGGUAUUCAGCCAGAUGUCAUCAUCAACCCGCAUGCGUUCCCGUCACGAAUGACAAUUGGUAUGCUUGUGGAGAGUAUGGCUGGGAAAGCGGGUGCGAUGCAUGGGAUUGCGCAGGAUGCUACGCCUUUCACAUUCUCAGAAGAGGAUACCGCAGUUAAUUAUUUCGGCGAGCAGUUGCUUGCAGCGGGAUACAACUAUUACGGUAAUGAACCGAUGUACUCCGGCAUUACUGGUCAGGAAUUCGCAGCGGACAUUUACCUCGGUGUCGUCUUCUACCAACGUCUUCGACACAUGGUCCUCGAUAAGUUCCAAGUUCGAACGACAGGACCUGUAGACCCGAUAACACAACAGCCCGUCAAGGGCCGAAAGAAAGCAGGUGGCAUCCGCUUCGGCGAAAUGGAACGCGACGCACUCAUCGCACACGGCACCUCCUUCCUCCUCCAAGACCGUCUCAUGAACUGCUCAGACUACUCAACAGCCUGGGUCUGCAGAACAUGCGGAAGUCUCAUCUCCCUAGGGUACGAAGACGUCCAAUUAGGCAGCGACUCCCUCCGCGCAGGACUCUCCCAACCUGGGGGAGAAUACUGCCGCGCAUGCCGCGCGGCGUCCGAAGAGCGCGAGGAGCGCGAGCGUGCAGCACUUGCCAAUAACAUCAAUAUCAAUAUCAAUAUCAAUAAUAGCAAUCCCACCACGCAAAACGGUGUACAUGCAACCGGCGUCCGAGUUGCGCUUCCAAGAGGGAACGUCCUUGGAGGGACUAAAGCGGGUGGAGACCUUGACGUCGUUGCGGUUCCUUAUGUUUUCAGGUAUCUGUGCGCCGAGUUGGCGUCUAUGGGAAUUGCGGUGUCUCUUGAAGUUCGAUAGGUCUUCUAGAUUAGUGAAUGCCUAACCCCGAGAGUGACAACCCGAUGCGACAUGCAUAUGUUUCUUACAAUUUACCCACCCUGCUUUCCUCAUUGGUUACACAAUUCAAUCAAUUCCC